GCGCAUUUCCACACCCGGAAACAUGUUGACGUGACAUUGUUGAAUCCGAUGCGAUACUCGGUACGGAAUGCAAUUGUUUCUCAUUUUAAAUACGGACUGCCUGACAGUUUACAAUGCUAAAGUAUUUAGUAGCUCUUAUUUCAAUGGUCCUGGCCGCGUGGACGGUGCCCGAGUGGCUCACAUUCCCGAUCUAUGGCAAUGUUGUGAAUGUACUAGAGUCGUGGCUGCGGCAGCAGGUCAGUGAUGGGUCAGCAUCUCCACCUGGACGCAUGCUAACCGAAGAUGAGCUGUCUUUAUACAACGGAGGAGACAACAGUAAAGGAUUGUACCUGGAUUUAGGACAGGUGUUUGACGUUGAAAAGGGGAGGAAACAUUACGACCCUGGUGGCGGUUACCAUUUCUUUACGGGAAAAGACGCGUCUAGGGCGUUUAUUACAGGUGAUUUCACAGAGUCUGGCUUGUCUAGCGAUGUCUCGGAUUUCUCGGACUCCCAGAUUGUGGCUCUUUAUGACUGGCUGUCAUUUUAUCAGAGGGACUACACUCCAGUAGGUACACUGAUAGGCCGAUUCUACACAGAAACCGGGCAGCCCACUGAUGCUUUGCUACGUGUCGAGGCUUUCUUGUCGGAAGGGUUGAAGAAAAAGGCCCAGGCUCAGACUGAGAUGCAGCUGUACCCAGCCUGUAACUCGGAGUGGAGCGAAACCAGCGGGGGACGGGUAUGGUGCUCCACAAUGAGCGGUGGCAUUCACAGAAACUGGGUUGGAGUACCCAGAAUGCUUUUCUCCCCUGGGUCUGGUCAUUCCCGAUGUGUGUGUAUCCAACCAUCCGAUUCUGUUCACACAGAGAACCGAAACCUCCGAGAGUACAAGGACUGUCCUCCUCAAGCCGAAUCCUGCCAAAUCACUAAAGACUGAGCUAUAAAUCCUCAUCUACAAGUGUCAGUGAAUUUGAUUUGGAUUUCAAAGACUCUUAUUUAGUUGUCAUGUUUUUAUGAUUGGUUUGCAAUUUGUGACAGAGUUUAUUAUUUAUGCCAUGAUAUAAUUAAGACUGUUGAAUAAAAAACAAUUUCAUAGAUUUGUUUUUUCAAUUGUCCUUUAUGUAAAGUUGUCCUCCCUUUCUUGAAAAGGAUACUAGAGGCGGCGACAGGCUAAAUAUCUGAGCAUACAGAUACCAUACAAUAUGCAGAAAAGAUUAAACAGAGGCCAAUUGUAGGUUUGUCACAUAGACAAAAAAGCACAACCUGCAUUAAGUACAAAACAGU